AUGGCGAAGCGCACUACGAAGGUCGGUAUUACCGGCAAGUACGGCACGAGAUACGGUGCCUCUCUCCGUAAGCAGGUCAAGCGUAUGGAAAUCUCGCAGCACGCCCGCUACACCUGCACUUUCUGCGGUCGUAACACCGUCCGCCGUACUGCCGUCGGUAUCUGGCACUGCUCUGGCUGCAAGAAGACCAUGACCGGUGGUGCUUACUCUCUCGCUACCCCCGCCGCUUCUGCCGUCCGCUCUACUCUGCGCCGUCUCCGUGAGAUCGUUGAAGUCUAA